UUGCUCCCAGGCGGCGGUGCCUGGCUUUCCAACCCGGCUGCUCGGCGUGGAGGAGCGGGCUGCUCCAGAAAGGGGAGAUCGCGGCUGGAGGUGGCGCGAGGGCCGGAGGGCAGCGGGCCGCGGGCGAGGACGCCGGUGGUCGUCGGCCGCCGCGAUGUCAGCGCGGUGCUGCGCGGGCCAGCUGGCCUGCUGCUGUGGUUCCGCUGGCUGCUCCCUCUGCUGCGGCUGCUGCCCCAAGAUCCGACAGUCCCGGAGCACCCGCUUCAUGUAUGCGCUCUACUUCAUCCUCGUCGUUCUUAUCUGCUGCGUCAUGAUGUCAAAGACCGUGGCUAAUGAGAUGAAAGAGCGUAUUCCUUUUUACGAGGAUAUUUGUAAAGGCAUUAAAGCUGGUGACACGUGUGAGAAGCUGGUGGGAUAUUCUGCUGUGUAUAGAGUCUGUUUCGGAAUGGCCUGUUUCUUCUUCAUCUUCUGCCUCCUGACCUUGAAUAUCAGCAGCAGCAAAGGUUGUAGAGCCCAUAUUCACAACGGCUUUUGGUUCUUUAAACUUCUGCUGCUGGGGGCCAUGUGCUCAGGAGCUUUCUUCAUUCCAGACCAGGAGACCUUUCUGAAUGCCUGGCGUUACGUGGGAGCCAUUGGAGGCUUCAUCUUUAUAGGCAUCCAGCUCAUCCUGCUCGUGGAGUUUGCACAUAAGUGGAACAAGAACUGGACUGCAGGCACGGCUAGCAACAAGCUGUGGUACGCGGCGCUGGCCCUGGUGACACUCAUCAUGUACUCCAUUGCCACCGGAGGCUUGAUUUUGAUGGCGGUGUUUUACACACAGAAGGAUGGCUGCCUGGAAAACAAAAUUCUCCUGGGGCUGAACGGAGGCCUGUGUCUGCUCAUUUCAGUGGUAGCCAUCUCGCCCUGCGUCCAAAAUCGACAGCCACAUUCCGGGUUACUACAGUCAGGGCUCAUCAGCUGCUAUGUGACCUAUCUCACUUUCUCGGCUCUGUCCAGCAAGCCUGUAGAAGUAGCUCUGGAUGAGCAUGGGAAGAAUGUUACAAUCUGUGUGCCAGACUUUGGUCAGGACCUGUACAGAGAUGAAAACUUGGUUACUGGACUGGGUACCACUCUCUUGUUCGUGUGCAUCUUGUAUUCAUGCUUGACAUCGACGACAAGGUCAAGUUCUGAUGCUCUGCAAGGGCGAUACGCAGCUCCAGAACUGGAAGUAGCCCGGUGUUGUUUUUGCUUCGGCCCGGAUGGAGAGGACACUGAGGAGCAGCAGAAUGUGAAGGAAGGACCGCGGGUCAUUUAUGAUGAGAAGAGAGGCACCGUCUAUAGCUAUUCCUAUUUCCACUUUGUGUUCUUUUUGGCUUCCCUCUAUGUGAUGAUGACCGUCACCAGCUGGUUCAACUAUGAAAGUGCCAACAUUGAAACCUUCUUCAGUGGAAGCUGGUCCAUCUUCUGGGUCAAGAUGGCGUCCUGCUGGAUGUGUGUGCUGUUGUACCUGGGGACCCUGGUCGCUCCCCUCUGCUGUCCCUCUCGGCAGUUCUCCGUGUGACGGGGAUCCGAAGCAGGCCUGCAGCCUGGAAGUGAUGUCCUUUGAGCAAGUGUCCCAGGGGUCCGAGCAGGGACUGGUGCUUUGUGAAAAGCUGUCAUCCUCUGGCUGGUUUGAGUGGGUCUGAAAAAGGCUUUCAGGGGGGAAAAAAAUCACCUGAUUAGCUUUUGAAUUCGGAAAAUCAAAAAGAAAUAACCAUGUUAACCCAAAAGAAUUGAGAAUUUUCAACCAA